GAAAUUUUGAAUUUCAAGACAAGUGCGUUUUACAAAGAAAAACUAUGUUUACAGUUGAUAAUGUGAGAGUUUUCAGUGCGUGAAAAUAUUAAGAGUUGUGAUUGUGCUCAUAUAUCCAUGUUGCAAUCAUGUACUUCGAGAUCGAAAAUACUCCGGAGCACAUUCGAAGGGCUCGUCAUACAGAAGUAGUGCAGAAAAUUUCGCCUAAAGAAGAAUGCCCACGUCUGGUGUUAGCUCCAUUUUCUAGGCCACCUCAAGUUGUUUUUGAAAAUGUACUCAUCGGAUCAACUUGUGAAAGAAAUUUGGAAGUGUUUAAUCCUUCCAAACAAGUUCAACAGAUCACUCUUGGCAAAGCUUUACCACCUGGCCUCAUCAUCCACUUGCCGGGAGAAUGGCUAGAACUGGAGCCAGAGACAUGCUACUAUCUGACAUUGACUUGGUCACCCAUGCAGCCUACUGCCCUGCGUGACACCAUCCGCUUUAUCAACGAGAACCGAGGCAGAUAUGAUGUCAUAGUGGUCCUCAAGUCUGCUAUGAAUGUAAAAGGGAAAGGGAAAACAAAUCAGCCCAAAGGUUUCAGAGUCUCUCCAGGUAAGAUGAAAAAGAAAAGUGGGAAAAGGUCUCCAGUGGCCAUCUACAAAAAGAAAUCUGAAGUCAUUUUUAACACCACUAAAGUCAAGAAAACUGUAGUACACUCCACUCAGUACAAUGUUCUGAAACCAUCCAACAAAGAAAACAUACCUUCCUUCAAUGAUUACUCCAUGGAGUCACAACACCCUGACAAGUGUCCAUUUGAUUCCCCAACCAGCAUAGACUUCAACUUUGAUACAUCUGAAAUAUUUUCUAAUAUGAGAAAAACUAACACUGAUAACAUUCUCCAAAGUACUUACGAGAAACCAUACAAUAAUAAAGUAGCAGUUCCUCUGGCUCCACACAAUGUCUUGAAACCAUCUAACAAGCUAAACUAUGAUAUGUCUGCAUCUGAGUUAUUUGAUAAUCUCACUUUCACACCCCUCAAGACUAAUGAAACAAGGGAUAAAUUGGAGAAAGGGCCAAAAAUUAUUCUCAGUAUGAAUUCUGAUAGUGAACUUGAUGAUAGUUUAGAUGUAAAAACUUCCAACAACGAAAAUGAAACCCAUUCGAUAAUUUGCAUAACAUCUGCUCAGCUCCCAAACAAGUGGCUCACUGUGAACCAUCAACAAGCAGGUAUUCAAUACAUUGAAACUCCAACUGUCCAAAAUAAAAAGAUACCCAAUACGUCAUCACCUAAAGAGAUGAACAGUCCCAAUUUUUCUAUGAAUACUGAGUUGUCCCGCAUUAGCGACUUAUCCUUCUUUCCGCAAAGAUUUUCUACAGAGAGGAAGAUAAUCCCUAAAGUGAACAAUGAAACUCAAGAGAUUUUUGAUGAUGCAAAUGCUAAGUUAAACUCUGAUACAUACACGAAAGACUCGCCCAAUACUCCAUUAGAUUUCAAAGUAAACCUGAUGUAUGGAGAGACAAGACCACCCCAUUUUUUCAUGAAAGAGCAACCUAAAAUGUGCAGACAAGCUUUGUUCCGAGAAUCACAGCAGUACAGAGAACAUUAUGAAAAGACCUAUUUGAAUCCAUCGGAUAUUAACGUCUGGAACAGAGAUGUGAGGUUUGACGCCAAAUCGCCCCCGCGGUCCAUUACUCCUCCUCUUCAGUCAAUACCAGAAGAGAGCACAUAUCUUUGUGAUACCCAAGUGCUGGAUAAAACUGAUAAACAAAUGUCGACAUUUUCACUUCCACUCAAUCGUACAUUUGAUAAAGUGCCAGAUAGAAACUCAUUAUCUACAAGCACCAAACAAACAUGGUCCAAAAAAUCUGUUCGAGCUGAGCCUGAACUCUGGAAGAUACCAACAGCUCCUCCAAGAAAGUCUUUAAAACCCAAAUCUAGCAUUAGUGGCAAAGAAUCUUUGGGUGGAAAACUGAGCAACAAAGACUCUUUGGGUGGAAAAUUGACUACUACUUUUGAUAACAAUAAAAGUAUUAAUCAAAACAUUUCACUCAAUCAAGUGGGUAAUGUUUACUCUCAAUCAGCUACAGUGGACCCAUUUCUUUCCGUCUCUUAUUUCUAUGAUGAAGAAGCUGUGCACAAGUUUGAAGCUGAGUUUAAGAGGUGGCUUAACUACAUACUAACACCGCCGGCUGAUUUAGACAGCAAUGUAGAGCAGAAGAUAGAUGUUGGGAAGGCUUGGAUCGAAAAUAGAAAUAAGGAAGUCCCUGCAGCACCAACUAGGGAGCAAGUUUGCAGCAACUACCACAACAGUCACAGGCUCGACAGUCUGCGCAGAUCGGCACGCGCAUUACUAAUGAACCCAGAAAUCGCUACGGUCUUCCAAAAGCUAAAUUUGCAGAUAGAAAAGAAGUUGAUAGCUAUUCGAACUGAUCGAAAUCUACAUUUAGAUGUGGGAUUGCAAAAGGCCAUAAUGGAAUUAUUGUUGUCAUACAAUCCUUUGUGGCUCCGCAUUGGCUUGGAAGCUAUUUACGGCCUCGUUCUGCCUCUCAAAUCAAACAGUGACAUAGAAGGGCUUACUGUUUUCAUUAUUCAAAGGAUGUUCAAAAAUCCUCAUUUGAAAAACAAACAUUCCAAAUCUACUGCUCCAAACAUGCUAUUGCCGGCAUACAUGGAAGCCAUAAAGAAGUUUACCUUGAAAAAGUUUUUCAUGCUUGUAUUCUUUUUGGAUCAAGCGAAACAAAAGAAACUAAUAUCACACGAUCCUUGUUUGUUCUGUAGAAACGCAGUCUGCAAGGAAAGCCGGGAAAUUAUUAUCAGAUUCACGAGAGAAUUGAUUGCAGGCAUCGGCGACAUCACGAAGCAUUUGCGACCUUUAGGUUACGUCGUCAGCCACAAACAAUCAUAUCUCGAUGAAUACAAAUAUGCUGUGCAUAACAUUGCUUUGGAUAUUAGAGAUGGCGUGCGGCUCACAAAAGUCAUGGAGAUAAUUUUGAUGAAAAAUGGGCUGCUGAAUCAACUGCGAACACCGCCUAUUUCGCGGUUGCAAAAGAUUCACAAUGUACAAGUUGCUCUGACUGCACUGAAGGAAGCCAACUUCGUAAUAGUUGGGGACAUAAGUGCACAAGAUAUAGCUGACGGUCACAGAGAGAAAACCCUUUCUCUUCUCUGGCAAUUGAUUCAUGUUCUCAGAGCCCCAUUGUUCGAGAAAGCAGCAAACGUUAUACAGAUAUGGUGGAGAAAGAAAUAUGAAGUUAUUGUGGAAAAGCGGAAAGAGGAAGAAAAGAAUCGUAUGAGGCUGAACAAUGCUGCAAGUAUCAUUCAAUAUUGGUGGCGAAGGAUUCAGUACAAUCGCCUAGUAGAAUGGCAGAUGCAGCAAGUUACUACUGCUACAGUAGUGUUCCAGAAGUACACUCGAAAGUGGAUUUAUCGCAACCGCUUUAUAAAAAUGAAGAGAAGUGUUUUGAAAAUAGAAGAAUGGUACAUAUCAGUGAAGAAAAUUAAGGAAGCAAAGAUGACUCUCGAAGUAUUAAAAGCCCAAAGGGAAGAACUACGACAGAAGUCAGCCACAAUUUUGCAGAGUCAUGUCAGGCGCUGGUUGUGUAUGAAACAAUAUCAAACAAAAGUCAAAAAGAUUGUACUGAUUCAAAGCAUAAUCCGUUGUUUCAUUCUUAGAAAAUAUUACAUGCAGCUGAACAAAUCUGUUACGUUUAUUCAAAAACUGUACAGAGGCAAGUUAAUGAUGAAACAGGCGAUGCAAGAGUUUAAUAAAAAAAGGCAUGCAGCUGUUGUAAUUCAAAGCUAUUACAGAAUGAUACAAGAACGCAGAAUGUUCCGCCAACUUAAGAAGUCCGUCAGGAACGUCGAAGAACGUUAUAUCGCUCUCUUAAGUAUGAGGACUCAAGUAACGAAAUAUGAACAAAUACAACGGAGCGUAGUUUUGAUACAGUCAUAUUAUAGGGGAGUUAGGAGUCGGAAAGAAUAUAUCAGGCGAAGGAAUUUAAUUCUAAUGUUACAAAGAAGGAUCAGAGCUCAUGUUCUUAUGAUAAAACAGAAAGAGUAUUACAUUCAAAUAAGAAACGCUGCCAUAACGUUACAGAAGCAUGUACGGUCGUACCUCGCGAUGAAAAAAGCAAAGCAAAGUUAUGUCGCUUUACGCAAAUCGACAAUUUCGAUUCAGCGUCGAUACCGGGCACAACAAUUGAUGAAAGCACAGAGAAAUGACUACAACAAAUUGCGUAAUGCUGCGAUAACUAUUCAGACAUAUUACAGGGGACUUAUAGCUACUCGCCGAGAAAGGCAUUAUUUCUUGCGAGUUAAGAAUGCUGCUGUUAUCAUUCAGAGACGUUAUAAAGCUCAGACUUUGAUGAAACUUAACAAGGAAACGUAUAACAGAUUGCGUACGGCUGUGAUCGCGAUACAACAGCGUUAUAGAGCUCAAUUGCUAAUGAAGGAGGAACGAUCUAGAUAUCUAAAGCUGAAAUCGUCUUGCACAACUAUUCAAAAUGCAUACAGAGCUUACGUACUGGGUCGACAACAGAGACAACGUUUCGUCACACAAAAACAAGCUGCUAUCACGAUUCAACGGUGGAUUAGAAGUUGUAAGAAAGGAAAAGAAGUUAAAAGAGAAUACGAGCAAACAAAACAAGCUUGUGUAACUAUCCAGAGAAUCUAUAGAGCUUAUAUUAUUAGCAGAAAACAAAGACAGGAAUUCUUAAAAAUCAAAACAGCUACAGUACGCAUACAAAACUAUUACAGAUCUUACAUUGAAAUGAAAAUGGUUAGAAACCAGUUUAUUCAACUUAAAACUUCGACAGUCGCAAUCCAAAGAUACUACAAAUCAUAUCUGGAAAUGCGAAAUCAAAGGACUCAGUAUCUGCAAAUGAAAUCAGCAGCUCAGCUCAUCCAGAAGUAUUUCAGGCGCUAUAGAGAAAGUAAGAGGAUUCGAAAAGAAUACUGCAUUUUUAGAAAAACUACUAUUCUUAUUCAAAGAAGAUAUAGAAGUAUUUGCACAAUGAGAACAGAAAGAAAAUGGUUUUUGACGCUGAAGCGUUCGGUUGUAACAAUCCAAGAAAGAUACAGGGCAUUGCUCACGAUGCGAACACAGAGACAAUCUUAUCUAAAGACGCGGUCAGCCGCUAUAACCAUUCAAACUAGAUUCAGAGCACAGCGUCUUAUGAAGGAAGAACGAUCCAAAUACAUGACGACUUUAAAUUCAUGUAUUUUAAUUCAAAGAAUUUACAGAGCGUAUUUAGCCGGUAAAAGGCAAAGGGAGGAAUACUACGCAUUAAAGAAAUCAGCUGUAAUCUUACAGCAAAAAUACAGAGCGUUGCUUGCUAUGCGGAAAGAAAGAAAAGUAUAUUUGACCACUCAUAUAGCGAUAGUCAACAUCCAAAGAAGAUUCAGAGCCCGCGCUCUAAUGAUAAAGGAAAAGACAAAGUUCCAAAAAAUCUUAAGUGCUACUGUUACUAUCCAAAGUGCUUACAGAGCUUACGUAAAUGGUAAAAGACAACGGCAGGAAUAUUUAAGAACUAAAGUCGCGAUUGUUACAAUCCAAACAUGGUUCAGAUGUGUUUUGGAAUGUAGGAAAACGCGUUACGAAUAUUCAAGACUGAGAAAUAGUGUUUUAUACGUACAAAGGCAAUUUAGAGCCAACAAGCUCGCUCGGGAUAUUCGUCGCUAUGAAGCUGCUAAGAAAAUUCAGACAUGGUUCCGCUCGUUGCAAAAACGCAACGAAUGUCGCAAUCAGUUUUUGAAAUUGAGAGCCAGCGCUAUAAUUGUACAAACUGUAUUCCGAAGGUACAUCCAGCAAAAGCGGUACAUUGCUACUAAAAAUGCUAUUUUAACCAUACAAAGAUUCUACCGCUCAUAUAAGGUUAGUGUUGAGGAGAGACAAAAAUACAUACGCGUAAGAACUUCAGUAAUAAAAUUACAGUCUCAUGUGAGAACUUUCAUUCAAAGAAAACGUUAUUUGAGGAUAUGUUCAGCCGUAACUACAAUACAAGCUGCAUAUAGAUUGAAAAAACAAAGAGAUUUAAUGAAAAUUCGCAGAGAAGCGGCCGCUAUAUGCAUUCAGAAGAAUUUCAGAAGAUAUCUUGUACAGACAUGGUAUCAGAACUAUCGAAAAAAAAUUUUGUAUUUGCAAAAGGUAUGGCGUGGGAAGUUAGUGACGAGACUGCUGCGUUGCGAAUAUCUGCAAAAAAGAAGAGUAAUAGUAAAACUUCAAGCCGCAAUAAGAGGAUAUUUGGUUCGCCGACACGUCCAGUGCAAGAAGGCAGACAUUCAAAAGACGAGAGAGGAACAAAAGCGUCAUUGGGCGGCGUCGGUCAUUCAGGCUCAUUACCGUGGCCACAAAGUUCGCAUAAGCGUGACCGCUGAUCGACGCGUGGCGGACCUCCGAAGAAGAUGGCGAGAAGGAGCACUGAAAUCGACGCAAGAGUCUCUAAAGGAGCGUAAUGAGGAGGCGAUGGAGGUGCUGCGCAAUAUGUCUGACAUCGAAACUGUCAUAAGGGCAUUCCGGUCUUUAGAGCUGCUGACUGAAGUUUUCCCAAUGAUGUACAACAAUAAUGCGUCGUCAAUAGUUCGUCGAGUUUAUAUCUACAUGUCCGUGACAAAUCGCUCGAUCUCCAGUAUAGAAGUGUUGAAGUCCGCUGCGUCUCUGCUUGUCAACUUGACUCGUUAUAGAGUUACUGGACCGAAAAUAUACGCGAGAGAACGUAUCCCGCCAAUACUGAAGUUCAUGUGGCGUUUCAGCAACAGUGAAACACUAUUGUUCUGCAUUUUGUGCACUUAUCUGUGGCUCUUCUCUAAAUACGACGGCAUUAGAGAGGACUUGACUGAGUUCCUGAAUAUUCCCGAAAACCAGAAAAUGUUGGCGACUAUAAAAAGCAACGUAGAGCGCACGAAGAGAAUGGCCAAUAAUGCAAGGAACAAAUUCCAUACUCCACAAACCUCGAAAGUCUCUCAAACUGGAAGACUAUCUAUGAACUACAGUAUAUGCUCCAACAAAAAUGAUAGCUUUAUUAUGCCCGCUCUUGAACCUGACUAUGGAAUCACCCGGGUUGACAAACCUCGAUAUUUUGAGGAUGCAAAUCAAGCCAUCACUUGCCUGUUCCAUACUUACAAUUUAUAAGUCAUACACUAAUGUUGUAUGUUAGGUUGUGGAUUUUUGUUUCGAUAUUGCUUUGGGAUUAACUUUUGCACUGACUAAUUAUUAUUAUAAUCUUUUUAUUAUUAAUAUUAUUGUUAGUUUAACGUUUGUAUUAUUUUUUUAUGGUUCUUAUCAUGUAUGAAAUUCAAAUUGUGUGCCAUUUGAUUAUCGAUCUAGUGUUGCCCAACCAAAAUAAGUAUGACGGCGAACUUUUUUUUUGUCUAUGGUAAUGUGACAAUGACACUGACAGAUGACUAAGAACUUUUAGGUUAAGCAUGUUUAUCGUUUAUUUAUCGCAAGAUGUAUAAAUAGUAAUUACUCGCUGGUAAAAUAACCUACGAAAUAUCAUGGAUGAAUUUGUGAACUAUUUGCUGCUGUUAUUAAUCAUUUUGCCAGUGAUAUUGUUCAUGCACUUGUGGGCCGGCAUUGGAUGGGAGCUGUUUGUCAACAACUAAUGAUUCUAUCACACCUAUGUCCUGUUUAGUUUCAAGCUAAAUGUUUUAUAAGACUUCUUAGUUAUAAAGAUAUUUCUAAUUAUGGAGACUACUGCAAGGCACUCUUCAUCUAGUUUAUAACAAUUAUGUUAAUCUGCUUUGCAAUAUGUUACUUAUUAUAAUAACACUGUGUUGGAAUUAAACAGUUUAAACGUGAUAAA